CUUAGUACAAUGGGGAAUUGCCAGUGCCCAACUAUGGAGACUUGCCAGUUAUUGAAUAGAAAGCCUAAGCUUAAAAGAAUAGAUCUUACUGACUUUGAAAUAGAUUGAGUUAUUGGAAAAGGAGGAUUUGGUAAAGUUAAAUAAGGUCAAACACAAGCUUGAUGGUAGAACAUACGCUAUGAAGGAAAUGCUUAAAGUCAGAGUUUGUGGUAAAUAAAAGUGUUAAUAGUGUUCUUGAAGAAAGAAAAAUACUGGAACGACUUAGACAUCCUCUUCUUAUAAAUAUGAGAUAUGCAUUCCAGACUAGAAGUCAUCUCUAUCUGGUCAUGGAUUUCCUCACAGGGGGAGACAUGAGGUAUCACUUUAUAAAUGGGGUGAAAUUUAAUGAGGAGGAGACCAAGUUUACUGUAGCUUGAAUCAUCUCUGCCCUCGAGUGUAUUCAUUCCAAUGAAUAUGUGCAUAGGGAUAUUAAACCUGAAAAUUUAGUCUUUGACGGUGAUGGCUAUGCUCAUGUUACAGAUUUUGGAAUUAGCAAAUAAGAUGAGACUUAAUAAUAAGGUGGACACAAGUGGAACUCCAGGCUACAUGGCACCAGAAAUAAUGUGAUGCCAGAAUUACAAUUAUUCCGUUGAUUUCUUUGCAAUCGGAGUCAUUGCUUAUGAAUGAAUGUUUAGAAGAAGGCCAUUUUUGGGAAGGACAAAAAGGGACAUUCGAGACCAUAUGUGCAAUACUGAUGUACAAAUAUCUAAAUCUAAAAUUCCACUCAGAUGGAGUGAAGAAUCUGCAGAUUUUAUAAAUCAUUGUAUUAAGAGGAAGAAGUUUGAAAGAAUUGGUCAUAAAGGAAUUGAGGAGGUUAAGAGCCAUCCUUGGUUCGAGAGCAUUGAUUGGGAGGGCUUGAAAUAAUAAAACCUUAAGAUCACCUUUUACUCCUCCAAAGAAGGAUAACUAUGAUGGUAGAAAUUCAUCGCAUAUGUUCAAAGAUGAUUAUUCUAAGAAAUCUUUAGAAGAAGUAAAAGGAAUGAUGGAUGGAGCAAUCAAAGAAGUAGAUGAUCUUCAAAAUCGAUUUAAAAAUUAUUACUAUGAUUAUCGGGAGAAACAAAAGGAUGGGGAUUUACUCACUCCAUCUGCCGUAAAAUGUUCAAAAGGGACAAAGACUAAACUUAUGACAUAA